GCAACUAAAAUUUAAAGAGGAACUCAACGAGAUAUACAUUUAGUUGAGAAUUGAAAUUGAAUAAUGGCGGUUUUAGGCCUUCUUUCCCAGUUACUCUUAUACAUUUCAGCUGCUUUAGUUACUUUAUUUUUGUGCGUAUAUGUGUACUUUAGCUAUUCAUUUACAUAUUGGAAACGAAAAGGCGCUCCUUACAUAAAGCCCAAAUUUCCCCUUGGAAACAAUGACUGCUUCGGUGCUGAAGCCCUCUCUUAUGGACUGGAAACAGUGGAUUGGUAUAAAGAGGCGAAACGGAAGGGACACACAAUCGUAGGGACAUGGAAUUACUCAAAUCCUGUGUUACUUUUAAUAGAUCCAGAGGUCAUCAAGAAUGUUUUAGUCAAGGAUUUCAAUCACUUUACGGAUAGAGACUUUUUCCAUAAUCCAAAGCACGAUCCUAAAAACGAAAGUAUUUUUGUAGCGGAAAAUGAGGAGUGGAGACAAUUGAGGCAGCGGCUAUCGCCAGUUUUUUCAACAGCUAAAAUGCGAGUCAUGUUUGAGCUCGUAAACAAAUGUGCAGAACCAAUGAUGCAGUUGUUUGAAACAUAUUCUCAAUCCGGAGAUCCAAUGGAUAUAAAAGAUAUAGUUGCCAUGUUCGCAACAGACGUUAUUGGCUGCGUAGCAUUUGGACUAGACGCUGGUAGCUUCAAUCCUCACGAAGCGAAAUUUCGUCUAAUUGGCAGGAAAUUCUUCGAGUCAAAUCUGAAAACCAAAAUUCAUUUAAUAAUUGGCCGGAUAAAUGUAAAAAUUGCCCAAUUUCUUGGUUUGCGUGUUAUACCAGAUUUCCUAACGAACUUCUUUACUGAAGUUAUUGCCGAAAAUGCAAGAUUUCGUCAAGAAAAUAACGUUAGAAAAGCAGACCUGAUGCAGUUGCUCCUUGAUCUUUAUGAGUCCAGCAAGGGACAAAAUGAUGCAUUUACUUUUGAUGACUUCGUUGGAAAUGUUAUUGUCUUUUUUAUAGCAGGAUUUGACACCUCAUCAACUACAAUGCAUUAUGCAUUAUACGAGCUAGCGAGAAAUCCAGACUUGCAAGAAAAAACUAGAGUGGAAAUUGAGACGGUGCUCAAAAAACAUGGUGGUCAUUUAACAUAUGAAUCUUUCCAAGAUAUGACGUAUCUUCGACAAGUCAUCGACGAAACAUUAAGAUUGUAUCCACCCGUUCAAAAUGUGGCCCGAUUCUGCGUUAAACCCUAUACUUUUAAAGACAGUAACGUUACUGUUGAAAAAGGUGUAUCUGUGGUCGUUCCACUAGUUGCACUAGGCCGAGAUCCUGAUCACUAUCCGGAUCCUGAACUGUUUGAUCCAGACCGAUUUAGUUCGCAAAACAAAGACAGUAUAAAUAAGUUCACAUAUAUACCUUUUGGAGAGGGCCCAAGAAAUUGCAUUGGAAAACGCUUCGGUUUGAUGCAGUCAUCAAUUGGGCUAAUCAAGAUACUGAAAACUUAUAAAAUAACAAUAAACAGCAAAACAAAAAUGCCUCUGAAAUUGAAACGUGGAGUAUUUCUGAUGCAGCCAGUUGAUAAAUUAUACGUAACAGCCACCAAAAUUUAAUUUGUACUCUAAAACUCUAAAUGGUCUGUUGUCAGUCAAAAAAACUAGUUUCAGAUAGUGUGGGUUACUUACUACAAAUAUGAAUUGCGUGCAAGAAUUAAAAAUGAACGAAGGAUCUAAAAGUAAAUCAAACGCAGGACAUUUAAAGUGAUUCUGUAUAUUCUGAAGUGUACAACACUGUAAUAAAAGUUGAACAACAAAAACA